CCCUAACUCUUCUAGCCACCACGAGGAUUAUUAUAGAGAAGAAGAUACAACUGUCAUGACCACCCUUAUCCAGAGACCUCUACGGGGCUCCCGAAUCUCUUCUUUCUACCCUGUGAAAACUCUCCCGACACUUGCUUCACUCGACAGCGCUUUCCAACUGCAGGAAUAUAUUUCGCUUCUAAUUCGUCUGGAUGUACACGACGUGGAUUCCAUUGUUGCUGUUCCGGGAAAGGCCGGUAGCAAGGAACAUAGCGAGGAAGAAGCCAAACCUGAAGACAAGGAUGGGGACAAGGAACGGAAAAGUGAAGUUGUAGUGGACCAAGCAUGUUGGAUUUACGAACAGUUACGGCGACUGGCGCAAGAUUUGACCCACCCUCUAAUAACAACGCUGCAGCAAGAAUGCACGCGUUUGACAUGUCCUGAGAUGAAAGCUGGAGAAUGGCUGUACCUCUGUGUGGCUCAUGGUACGGACGGUGCCAUGGAGCAAUGCUGCGCGAUUGAUUACAUUCUUCACACCUUGGACAGUGCAACUGCACUUCUCAAUUCUCCACGGGCGUUCCCUUCACGACUGCACAUCGACAAAACUUCUCAUCGGCACUUCACUUCCCUUGCACGCCGGCUAGGUCGCAUUUUCUCACACGCGUACUUUCAUCAUCGCGAGGCAUUCGAACAAGCAGAAGCUGAAUCCUCCUUGUACGCCCGCUUCCUUGCCCUCACGACAAAGUUCGAGCUCGUGCCCGCCGAAUUCCAGGUGAUACCACCUCGAGUAUCAGACGCCGAUGCUGAGGUUCACCCCCCACGUCUCAUGGCGGCGGGUGUAGAUCGUAGUUUGGAGGAGGAGGCAAUACACCGUGAUGACGCCGAAGAAGAUUGGACUACUUCAGAAGGCAGGCCAAAGAGCAAGAGUCCACCAGGUCUGAGGAACGAAAGUCCUCGGAAGUUUGGGCGAAAUAGGACAGACACAAUGAUCUACAGUGAGGCGGCUAGCGUGGCAGAAGAACUGGCGAAGGAAGAAGAAGCGACGGCACCUGCAGCUGAAAGACUUCAGAGUCUAUCUCCGGAAACCGUCCCCGUUGAAGAACAACUUCCACCUACUGAAGCGUCCAAAGAAGAGUCAAUGUCCUCAGCGAAGCAUCUUCCGACCGAAGCUAAGCCCGAACCGCCAUCAGUAGAAGCUGUUCCUUUACCAGCUCCCGACGCUGCAGAAGCGGACGCACUUUCGGAACGCGAACAUACACCAGCACCCCCUGAGCUGAUGACGCUGUCGACUGUCCCGCAGCCGAUUUCAGAGCAGCUAGAACUCUCUCAGCCAGAGCCACCGGCUACCUCUGAAACAUCCACGGAGGCAGGAAAAUCACCCACAGACGAAGCAGUCCUACCGCCCACCACUCAAGCGCAGUUGUCUGCUGAAAUUUCAAAAGCAGCGCCUACUGAGGAACCACCGCAGCCUGAUCCAAGGGAGACUGUAGAUGAUUCCGAUAAUGUCGAAGAGUCUGUCGAGACAAAAUCCGAACCACCAGUCGUUGGAACAUUGUCAGACCCUCUUAACAUCCCUUCUGAGGUUCCCGCCGAACCUCUCGUGGAAUCAGCUGCCUCCGUAGUCGACGAAGUUCCCGUCGACACUGCAUCCGAAAUCCCAACCGAUGGCUCGAAACCGUCAGAGCCAAGUCCUAGUUCUGGUGUUGAGCAGACUAACCCAGAACCUACAGAGGUAGAGAAUACAGCUUCAAGUGGAGGCGUAGGAUCAUGAUUGUCUGUUUCGUCUUUUUUUCUAAUUAUAUUUUGCUGAUCGCUGGCUUCGCGAUGUACAACAAGACUGAGCUAGGAAGCUUUCGACCUCUGAAUAGUGUUGCAUCUACGACACCG